AUGACCCGAGGGGAUUUAAAUCACCGGCAGUCUGUCCAUACAGCUGCAAGUCACAAAGAUGCGCGUGUGAAGAUGGGGGACUGGAACUUCCUCGGUGGGAUCUUGGAGGAGGUUCACAUCCACUCCACCAUGGUGGGGAAGAUCUGGCUGACCAUCCUCUUCAUCUUCCGCAUGCUGGUGCUCGGAGUGGCGGCCGAGGACGUGUGGAACGACGAGCAGUCCGACUUCAUCUGCAACACGGAGCAGCCCGGCUGCCGCAACGUCUGCUACGACCUGGCCUUCCCCAUCUCGCUCAUCCGCUACUGGGUGCUGCAGGUCAUCUUCGUCUCCUCGCCCUCGCUCGUCUACAUGGGCCACGCGCUCUACCGGCUGCGCGCCCUGGAGAAGGAGCGCCAGCGCAAGAAGAUGGCGCUGCGCCGCGAGCUGGAGGAGGUGGACGCCGAGCUGGCCGAGGUGCGGCGGCGCAUCGAGCGCGAGAUGCGGCAGCUGGACCAGGGCAAGCUGAACAAGGCGCCGCUGCGCGGCUCGCUCCUGCGCACCUACGUGGCGCACAUCAUCACGCGCUCCGCCGUGGAGGUGGGCUUCAUCACCGGCCAGUACGUGCUCUACGGCUUCCAGCUGGAGCCGCUCUUCAAGUGCGAGCGCGAGCCCUGCCCCAACGCCGUCGACUGCUUCGUGUCGCGGCCCACCGAGAAGAGCGUCUUCAUGGUGUUCAUGCAGUGCAUCGCCUUCAUCUCGCUCUUCCUCAACAUCCUGGAGAUCAUGCACCUGGGCUACAAGACGCUCAAGAAGGGCAUCCUGGACAUCUACCCGCACCUGAGGGACGACCUGGACGACAGCUACUACCCCAGCAAGUGCAAGAAGGACUCGGUGGUGCCCCAGAUGGGCAUGGGCACCGGGCGAAAGGCCACGCUGCCCUCCGCGCCCAGCGGCUACAACCUGCUCAUGGAGAAGCCGCCCGACGGUCCGGCCUACCCCCCUCUCAUCAACCCCUCGUCGGCCUUCGUGCCGGUCCAGGGGGACGGGCGGCCUAAAGGCGGGGUGGACGCCCUCAAAGAGUCGGCGCACAGCCCCACGGAGUACAACAGCAACUCCAACAACACCAGCAGCGAGACGCGCUCGGGGCCGAGCAACUCGGUCACCCCGCCCAAGGCGGACGAGGCGGAGGAGCAGGCGCACCUGCCCCCGCACGACGAGGAGGGCGAGUCGGAGAGCGGCCCGGACUCGCCCGCGCUGCCCGCCAGGGACCACGCGCACUCCUCGUGCCCCACGCUGCCCGUGAGCGCGGUCAAGAAGCCGUGGAAGGUCACCGCGCCCUGGCACUGCUCCACGGUGGUCGAGGGCAACACCUCGGAGGCCGACUCCUACGGGAGCGCCAAGGGGCGCGGUGGCGGUGCCGGUGCCGGUGCCAGCGGCAGCGCGCCCUACGCCGUGGUGCGCUCCCGCUCGGGCUCCAAGUCCAAGCGACCCAGCCGGCCCUGCACGCCCGACUCCAUCGAGGAGACGAGCUCGGAAUCGAGGGGGAGCCCGAGAAUGUUGUCUCCGACUCGCCGCACAUCAGUGGCCAGCAGCAGCACCAGCAGCAGACGGGCGGCCGCGACUGACCUCCAGAUAUAA